AUGAGAAGGAACAGCCAACUUCCGGCGACCGACAGCGGCGGUGCUAGUAAAGAUGGCCAGAGAUCCCCCCCGUUCCCGGCUAAGCAGAUGCUUGUGCUAGCUUGCUGCCGGAUAUGUGAGCCAAUCGCAUUCAUGUCAAUUUUCCCUUACAUCUACUACAUGAUCGAUGAUUUCCACAUCACCGAUGACGCUAGCAAAAUUUCGGUCUACGCCGGCAUGGUCACUUCAGCAUUCACCUUGGCCGAAUUUGCAACCGGUGUCAUGUGGGGUAGACUGAGCGACAAGAUAGGACGCAAACCCGUGUUACUGGCUGGCCUGGCUGGAACUGCCUUGAGCGUUCUCAUUUUUGGCUCCGCGCCGAAUCUACCAGUGGCCCUAUUUGCCCGCGCUCUCGGUGGUGUUCUGAAUGGAAAUAUCGGGGUUUUGCAGACAACCGUCGCUGAACUAGUGACUGUCAAGGAGCAACAACCACGCGCUUACACUGUCAUGCCCAUGGUAUGGUGUAUCGGAUCUAUCAUUGGCCCGAUAAUUGGGGGUUCGCUCGCGAGACCCUGUGUCAGUUAUCCUGGCAUCUUCGCUCGCGGAACCAUCUGGGACCAAUUUCCCUACCUCCUUCCCAAUCUUUUCAGCGCAACCAUAGUCUUCAUUGGAGUCAUAAUUGGCCUUCUAUUCUUUGAGGAAACGCAUGCGACGAAGAAGACUAAAAGGGAUCGCGGACGUGAGGUAGGCGACUAUCUGACUAACACGGCCCGCGGCGUCGUAAGCUGCUGUGGGCGAGGACGAAACUCCGAGAACCAAGGUCUUUUCGACGGCGAACAACCUCCUGGGUAUCUCACGGCUGCAGGAUCCCGAGAGACCAGUGUCAGGUCCGAGGUGAACGAAAUCCUGCGGGCCUACCAAAUCCAGGAGAGCUCGCCUAAGCUGGCUCCUCGGGCUGAUACUGAGUUCCCCAUGGUCAUUGCACCGCUGGGCCAAGAGCCGAUUGCCAAGACGAAGAUGAAGAUUUUCACCAAGCCGGUCAUUAUGAACAUCACCUCAUACGGUAUCCUGACCUUUCACACAAUGUCCUUUGAUCAGCUCUUCCCAGUGUUUCUGAGCACAUCCCCACCUAAGCAUCCGAUCUUGGAACUACCCUUUAAGUUCACCGAUGGAUUCGGCCUCGAGAUGAAGAUGAUUGGUGUCAUAAUGUCUGCUCAAGCUGUCUACUCUCUGUUCUGUAACUACUUGAUUGUCCCGCCCGUGAUACGACGCUUGGGCUCCCUGCGCCUUUUCCAGAUUCUGACCUUCUCUUACUCUGCGCUAUACCUGGUCACUCCGUACCUCGUUCUGCUUCCAGAGGACAUGAGAAUGGCAGCCAUCUACCUGCUGGUCAUCUGGAAAUGCACUUUAUCGACCAUGGCUUACCCUAGCAAUGCCAUUCUCCUGGCGAACUCGGCCCCGACGAAGCAAGUCCUCGGAACCAUCAAUGGCAUCGCGGCAUCGAUGGCGAGCUUGGGCAGAGCAUUGGGCCCGAUUGUAUCCGGCUUCCUGUACUCACUCGGACUGCAGACUGGGUAUUCAGGCUUGGCAUGGUGGUUCAGUGGCCUUGUCACGAUUGUUGGAGCCUACCUGAGCUCACUAAUCACCGAGGGCGGAGGUCAGCAGGACGUAGUGCCAGAGGAAGGGGUCCCUCCUCGAAGAUAG